CAUUGCGACAUUGCACAGUCUCCCCCCCUUCCGUGCCUUUUCUCUCUGUCUCUCUCUCAGAAGUCUCUUCUCCCCCACUUCAAUCCCCGUCACCAGAUUAAACGGCCCAAAACAAACGAUCCAGAAUACAGAUUUCCUCCCUGGCACGAAUCCGGACGUACUAUUCAUAUGAUGAAGGCUAGAUCGCCUUUCUCAUGAUGGCGGCUCCAAGGACUUUCACCACCGACUCCUUCCUUGGAAGACAGAGAGACGAAGAGAAUGCCAAAGAGGAUUCCCCCAAGAAACCCCCCGCCCCAAAAUCGGACGGCCGAUUUCCGCUCUCGCAAUGGGAAUUGGCGGCCGCGAUCACCGUCUUCUUGCUCUUCGUCGCCGGCCUCUUCUGCAUCUAUCUCACCAUGCCACCUGCUGAAUACAAUAAGAUUCUGCGGCUGCCUCGCACAGUUUCGGAUCUUCGGAUCCUUAGAGAUCAUCUUGGAACGUAUGCUAAAGAUUACAGAGCACAAUUUAUGUUCGGUUACUGUUCCACUUACAUCUUUAUGCAGACAUUUAUGAUACCUGGCACCAUAUUCAUGUCAUUGCUAGCUGGAGCUCUCUUUGGUGUUAUAAGAGGCCUUUUCCUGGUUAUUUUCACUGCCACUGCUGGGGCAUCAUCUUGUUAUUUCUUGUCUAAGUUAAUUGGCAGGCCCUUGGUUUCCUGGCUGUGGCCUGAAAAGUUGAGAUUUUUCCAGGCAGAGAUUGCAAAGCGCAGAGAAAAGCUGCUGAAUUAUAUGCUUUUUCUGAGGAUAACUCCAACUUUGCCUAACACAUUUAUUAAUGUGGCAUCUCCAAUAGUUGAUAUACCUUUUCAUGUCUUCUUCCUUGCAACACUGGUCGGUAUUAUUCCAGCAUCUUACAUCACUGUUAGAGCUGGUCUGGCUUUGGGAGAUCUGAAGUCAGUCAAGGAUCUGUACGAUUUUAAGACCCUAGCUAUUCUGUUCCUGAUCGGGUCUGUGUCCAUAUUUCCAACCAUCCUCAAGAGGAAGCGGACGUAUGAAUGAAACUUAUAGUGGUAAAUCUGCACCUAACGUGUUGGUGAAACGAUGGUUGGGUCACAUGUACCAGAGCUGUAUAAAAUGGGUCCAGAGCAGCUUAUCAUUUUCAGUUCGACCCAAGAAGACGCUAAAAUUUAGUCCUUUUGGUGGUGGGAUUCAUAUCUGCUUAUGGCAUGCAGGUUGUUUGUUGUUUCAGUUAUGAUAAAACUAUAAGUCAGUUAUUAUUUAUGGAAUCAUCUCUUCUUCCAAUUUGAUGUUUCUAUGGAUAUUUGGGAGAAAUAGGAAGCUUUCGAAGCAAUGAGUUGGUUGGAUGUAUUUUUUUUGUUUAAUAUUUAUUGAAGUGCUGUGUAAGCUA